CGUAUAUGCAUACAUAUACACAAUUACAGGGUACAGGUUGGUACAAUUUGGCCAAUUUGGCAUUGUGAUUUUGGCACGUUGCUGCGUUGCUUAUGUUCUGUGGUUGCUAGAGGCUCGUGGACAGCACAGACUUGUCACUAUUUAAGAAUUGAGACGACAUUGACAAAAGUAUAUUGCGUUGGCCUUGCGUGGUACCAAAGAUCAAAAGACAAUUAAAAUGGUUUUAAGUCCGACCACGAAACAGAGAAUAGUCAUCGUCAUGAAUGUGGGCAAAUUCGUAUUUCAGUGGGGCUUUAUUCCUGCUGUUCUCUUUUUAGGAUUUAGCAAGGGUGCAGAUCCAGGCAUGCCUGAGUUAACACUUAUGAACUUAUUGUGGCAGUAAUCUCUCGGAUGCGUCUGCUUGGAAAGACAUUAUGACCAUCAUUCACGUUACGUGGUCACAUUUAUUUACAGUUAUAAUACGUGUUUCCAAUUGUCAGAGUAAUAGACUGUAUCUCAAUAAAUAAAUGUUAUAUUGUUAAUUCAAA